GUGAGACUAAUGUAUAGGUCAAUAGAUUUUGUAGCAUUUAUGGGAGAGUUUGUAGGGACGUUCAUGUUCCUCUUUUUCGCUUUUGCUGGGACACAGGUUGCGAAUAUUGGAGUUGGGGACUCGACGAACCAGUCCACAACCGGCUCAGCAACAGGCUUCAAUCCGGCAACCUUGCUCUACAUCUCACUCAGUUUUGGAUUUAGUCUCAUGGUGAACGCCUGGAUAUUCUUCCGUAUCAGUGGUGGCCUUUUCAACCCAGCUGUGACCCUCGCUCUCGCCCUCCUCGAGGCUCUCUCUCCUCUCCGUGCCCUCUUACUUUUCAUCGCCCAAGUAACUGGAGCCACAUUCUCCGCCUAUAUAGUCUCCGUUCUCUUUCCCACCGCAUUCAAUGUCCGCACCACCCUCGCUUCAGGAACAUCCACCGCCCAAGGCCUCUUCAUCGAAGCCGUCUGCACCGCCGAGCUAGUCUUCACCAUCAUAAUGCUCGCAGGUGAAAAGCACCGCGCGACAUUCAUCGCACCCGUGGGCAUCGGCCUUGCACUCUUCAUCUCUGAGCUCGUAGCUGUGUACUACACUGGUGGAUCUCUCAACCCAGCGAGAAGCUUCGCGCCUUGUGCUGUGACGCAUGAUUUUGACAGUGAGCAUUGGAUUUACUGGCUAGGACCGCUUAUUGGUGCGCUUCUCGCUGUUGGAUUUUAUAAACUGAAUAAGAUCCUGGAGUAUGAGAUGGUGAAUCCGGGUCAGGAUGGAGAUGCCGAGAACGAUCCUACGCAGAAUCCUGAGCAUAUGAUCGCGCAAGUGGUGGAAGAGAGGGCUAUCGAGGUAGAGGAGAUCCAGGCUGUUGAGGAGCAGGGUGGUUUUGAUAAUCUGAGUACGGAUGGGAGUGUUAAUACGAGUUUGGAUCCGGCCGUAAUGGAGGCUGAUCCAGUAGCGGAUCUGGAUGGACAUGUUGGCAGUGCACAGACUACGACUAUUAGUGGUGUACAAAAGGAGGACAUUGAAGCUCAGUGGCCAAGGAGCUCUCAGCAUGAGCGGAGAUAGAGGGGACAUGAUGAGCACACCAGGAUUGAAAAAAGCGUCUCUGUAUAUCUAUUCACUUAAUGCGUAAUGUCUGCCUUUCAAAGAUACCUGUAACUUUUGGAUGAAGCACUUUGCUCGAAGCGCCUAGUCAUUAUCACCGCCUCUUAGCGCUA